AUGAGUCUCUCAGGUGCUGUGGGAUGGUGGGACGAGUGGCAGCUGCGCAUCCUUGUCCUCGCCAGCCUCUUCAUGCAGUACCUCCUCUACCUCUGUGUAUGGCUGCGUAGAUCUCCUUCCAUGUCUAGGAUGAGAGUGCUGGUGUGGAUCGUUUACAUAGGCAGCGAUGCCGUGGCGAUCUACGCCCUCGCAACCCUCUUCAACCGCCAGAAGCGGACAUUGGAUGGGGGGAGCACCGCCCUGGAGGUUCUAUGGGCGCCUGUCCUCCUCAUCCACCUGGGCGGCCAGCCAUUCAUAAGUGCCUACAGCCUCGAAGACAAUGAGCUAUGGAAACGGCAUACCAUAACCCUGGUGUCUCAGGUCACGGUUGCCUUGUACGUCUUCUGCAAGUGGUGGUCUGGCGAGAAGAGGUUGCUGGCAGCAGGGGUCUUGCUCAUUCUAUUUGGCAUCCUCAAAUUCGCCCAGAAGCCAUGGGCCCUCAGGACCGCCAGCUUUAACAGCAUGCCGGCUUCGCUUGAAGUGGAACAUAAAGGGCGUACAUAUUCGCUUGAAGAAUAUGUACAAGAUGCAAAGAAAUGUCUACUGGACACGGAGAAGUCCGGGGGAAGGUAUGGGCUUAGAUCACUAAGCAAUUAUAUGUUUGUUGAUCGGUCUGUUCCAUACUCUCUUCGGAUUAAAGUCCUGUCAGGAUUUAUGCACAGUAAAUAUGAGGAUGAAUACAAAGAGUUGCGGUCUAGGCUUGGAGAUACAUUCAGUAUGCUGUACACCAGAGUACAAUCCUUUGGCACUAUAUAUGGGUCCGGCUUCAUGUUUUUUCUUCCAUUCCUGGCCUUAUCUUCUAUAGUGCUUUUGGCCACGAGCCGCAAGGAUGGCCACGAGGAGAAGGACAUCACGGUGACAUACAUCCUAUUCUGUUUCACCGCCAUGCUGGAGUUCCUGCUUCCUUGCAUGGUUUUGUCCUACAUGAUUUUGGCCCAGUGCAUUUCAUCUUUCAGUGGGGGGUUCCUUAUGAAGCAUUUUGAAGGGUGGCACGACAUGGUAUCUCAGUGCAACAUCAUGUCCUUCUGUGUUCGCAAGAAGAAUCCCACAUUCUUGAUGAAGCUUGCUGCCUUCAACUUUCUAAGGGAGUUUGUUAACCAACAUUGGUAUAUUAAAAAAGAAGCUAGAGCCUACCAAAUCACGGGGGUGGUUCGCCAGCACGUGGAAGAUGGUUGGAAUAAUUACAUAUGUGGCGCCGAAAGUUACAGGAAAUUCAAUGAGCUUCGAGGCCAGUGGGCUCUAAGAAGACACAAGCAAAUAGGGUGGAGCUUGAAGAUGAAUUUCGACAAAAGCGUCCUCCUCUGGCACAUUGCCACGGACCUCUGCUUUUACCACCCCAACACAUCCCAUCAAUGUCGUCAACAAGCAGAAGCCACAUUGCGCAGCAGGGAGAUAUCCAACUAUAUGAUCUACCUGCUUCUCAUCCGUCCUGAGAUGCUAAUGCUCGGCAGCAGAUCGGAUCUCUUCACCAUGGCCAGCAACCAAAUUGGCAAGGACAUGACAGAAGAAAUUCUUGCAGGGGAGAUUCUUAGCAUGCCCCCAUCUUCAGAUAACAUGAUUUCCGACGCACGUAGGCUCGCCCGAGAACUUAUGAUGCUGGAUAGUGAGGAAGAUAGGUGGAUAGUGAUCCAAGGUGUGUGGGUGGAGAUGCUCUGCUAUUCCGCCAGCAGGUGCAGGGGCUACCUCCACGCCAAGAGCCUGGGUGAUGGCGGGGAGUGUCUCACCACUAUCUGGCUCCUCUUGGCGGUGAUGGGGAUGGAGACCUUGGCGGACAGGAAUCACAGGCCAAAGUUUCAGGACGAAGAAGAGAAAGUAGAAGAAAUAGAAUUAGAAGAAGCACUUCCCGUCCACAAGAAGGAUGAGAAGAAGAAUCACAUACUUCCUUCCUGUUCCCAAGGCAGAGCCGGUCACCCCGCUCACGACGACCGCCUAGUCUAA